GUAAUCGCGUCAAACGUGGCUGGUGACGAUUAUCUGCCCUCGCUGUUCAGUGCGCAGAGCCUGCGCGCGCAUCCUUUGUUGGCGCUGUUAUCGUGUUAAAAGCGCGGCGACCAAGCUGUGUCGUGUCAUAUGUGUUUCUGCCAUGAGCUGCAAUAAACGGCUUUCGCAUAUCGGCGUCUUCAUUGUAACAUUGGCGACGAGGAUGGGAUGAAGCAGCACUGAAGCUAUGGCCACCACUUACGGCAAGCUGCCGGAGUUCUGCCCGGACUCGGGAAACAUCGACGUCUACCUAGAAAGGUUCGAACUAUUUGCGAAAGCAAAUGGAAUAGACGACGGAAAGAAGCUUGAAGUCUUCCUGACCAUAAUAGGAGAGAAGGCCUACGUGACACUGCGUAGCUUACUGCUGCCGAAAACGCCCACCGAAGUAAAGUACGAAGACGCCAAGAAGGUGCUGCAACAGCACUACGCCCUGAAGCGGUCUGUGGUCACUGAGCGAUACCACUUCUACAGGCGGAACCAGGAGUCAAAUGAAACCAUCGCACAGUUUCUUGUGGAAUUGAAGAGGCUCGCCGCGACAUGUUCUUUCGGCAAUUUCCUCCAAGAAGCGCUACGGGACCGCCUAAUUGCCGGACUACGGAGCGACACCAUCCGAUGCCGUCUUCUUGCCUUGCCCGACGACGAGGUCACCUGGGAACGGGUGUGCAAGGUAGCCACCGCCAUGGAGGCUGCACAGAAGGACACCCAGGACAUGCUGUGCGACAGCGCCGGGGCCAGCAACGCUCAACUGCACUGGCAAGGAAGCCAAGGGAAGCCUAACGCAACCAGCCAGGUACUAAAAAAAAACUAUACGCAAAAAACUGCAGUAGAGUGUCAUAGGUGCGGUGGUCAGCACGCUCCUACAAGGUGUCCAUUUGUAAAAAGUGCUUGUUUUAAGUGUUCUAAACGUGGUCAUGUCGCAAAAAUGUGCAAAACGCGAGUUGUUCAGGCUGUAGAAGUACCGGCAACAGAGCAGGAUUUGCAGGAUUUGCUGACUAUAUGUCAAACAAACAGAGCAGGCAGUCCGCCUCCCAUAGUAGUAAAAGUAAUCAUAAACGGUCACGAAGUACCGAUGGAAUUGGACACGGGGGCUGCCGUUACAAUCAUGUCUGAAAAAGACUUUGCAGAGAACUUCCCUGACCUAUCGUACAACUGUGAGGACGUAAAACUCGGAGUGUACAACGGCACCGCAAUCAAUGUAAGGGGCGUUGCCCAAGUCGAUGUGAAGUGCGGGAAGCAAAGCCACCGCCUACCACUUGUCAUUGCCAAGUAUGAAGAAGGGGUGCGCAUGCCUGUGCUCCUCGGUCGUGACUGGCUCGCAAAGAUAAAAGUGAACUUGCCUGAUGCCUUGCAGAAACUGCAUGAGGUUGCGCUUAAAGUACAAGCAGUCGCGCCUCUAAAAACUCAAGGAGCUGUAGAAGCAUUAAAACAACAGCACGCUGAUGUUUUUCAAGCAGGCUAUGGUGCUAUAAAAGGAUACAAGGGUAGCAUUCGCACGAAAGAGAAUGCAGUUCCAGUUUUCUGUAAGGCGAGGCCUGUACCGUAUGCCUUGCGAGAACAAGUGGAAAAAGAACUGGCGGAACUAGAGAAGGCUGAAGUAAUUUACCGGGUGCGGCACAGCACCUGGGCAACGCCACUAGUAAUUGUGCCCAAGAAAAAUGGACCAGAAAUAAGGAUAUGUGGUGACUAUAGAGUCAGUGUGAACAAGUGCAUCGAGGUAGAUCACUAUCCCUUGCCACUUCCUGAGGAUAUCUUUGCAUCCCUGGUGGGAGGAACCGUGUUCACUGUGUUAGACUUGGCAAAAGCUUAUUUACAGCUGGAGUUGGACGAGCAUGCCGAAGAACUUCUAACGGUUAACACGCACAUGGGUCUCUUUAGAUACCGGCGGUUGCCGUUCGGCGUUGCGAGUGCGCCUGCUAUGUUUCAAGCAGUCAUGGAUCAGGUUUUGCAUGGCAUACCUGGCACAGCCUGUUACUUAGACGACGUGCUGAUAGCUGGGAAAGACCUACCAGAGUGCUACAAACGAACGAAGGAAGUGCUAAAUGCUCUGAGUAAGCACGGGAUCCGAGUAAAUGUGGCGAAAUGCAUUUUCUUUCAAGAAAGGGUACAAUACCUAGGGCACGAAAUAGACCAACACGGUCCAACUGACGAGAGCGACGACUGGACACUUCCGCCAGACAGCAGUGUGUACGUCCGCAAUUACGGACAGGGGGAGAAGUGGAUCCCUGGUCUGGUCAAAUCGGCGACAGGAGCACGGAUGGCAACCGUAGAGACUCCCACUGCCAUCGUCAAACGGCACGUCGACCAAGUACGCCGCCGCUCGGAUUCAUCACCAAGGUAUCCGGUCAACGAUACAGCUGCUGGUGGUCCAGGGACCAACCAGACGCCAGGUCCAAGCGCGGCUGCCACUGGGACCACUCACUUGGAAGCGGCCGCCCCAGAUAAUUCUCCAGCUACUGCCCAAACUCCGGAAAGAAACAGUGAACCUCGCAACCGUCCUCUCCUAACUACCGCAGGUCCGGCCGAAGAUUCACAGCAAGUCCUGCGUCGGUCAACAAGGUAG